AUGGCAGCACCCCGGGCUCCGCAGACGGGCACUCCGUGCUGCCUGGGCAGCCACCACUGGAGCCGUGCUCAGCCCGUGGCAUGCAGCCCGGGGCAGACACCCCCAUCUCGGGCAGAGACCCCCAGCCGCCAUCGCGGGGCUUCCACAAAGGGCCCAUGCCGCAGGGUCUCAAUGUGCCUUUCAGGAGCCGGGCUGGCGAACAGAGGCGGCAUUGAGCGCGGGGGGCCGGCCCGGGCAGGGGAGCUGCGGCACAGCACGGAGCGGGGGCACGGGAGCGCCUCUCGUCCCGCCGGGAUCCCGGAGCCUGGGCCUCGCAGAGCCCCGGGGAUCCCCUCGGUGCACGGAGCCCCACCGCGCUUGCAGCCCGCUCUGAGCACGGCCACGGGGAACCCUCAGAACGCCGGGGCACGGUCACGGGGACCCCCGGGCAGGGACACGGGGACCGCCCAGCACCCCCGGGCAGGGACACGGGGACCGCCCAGCACCCCCGGGCAGGGACACGGGCACUGCCCGCCUGCGCCGGGCACGCCCCUGGGGACCCCCGCGCCCCCUCCCCGGCCGAGCUGCCGGGGCACCGCCUGGUCUGAGCGGGGCCCUGAGGUCCCCCGCGCCUCCGGGACCUCCGCGCGGGGCACAGCCCCGAGAAGCCCGCCGCUGCCGCCCGGGCAGGCCGCUCGAGGUGCGCGGUGCCCCCGUCCGGUGCGGACCCCCGCCGGCCGGCCCGGCCCGGCCCGUGCCCCCCGCCCGUGUCCCCGCUCACCGCGGCGCCGCCUCCCCCGCGCGCAGCCGCCGCCGCCGCCGCCGCCUACAGCUCCCGGCGGCCCCGCGCGCCGCCGCCGCGCCUGGCAGCGGCCAGACCGCCCCGUCUGGCGCAAAAACUACAACUCCCAGGAAAGCCCGCGCGCCACCGCGCCCCGCCGCCCCACCCGCUGCGCCGCGGGGCCUGCCGGGAGCUGUGGUCCGCGCUGA